GGAACCGGAACUAAAUUGACAAAGGAGUCGGACAAUGAUAACAAGACUUUCCACAAGGCCAGCCUCGAUCUGGGUUGGGUAAGCAACAUGGUGGAGACUUCUGAUACAGAGAGUGAUGAUAAUCAGAUGGUCUUGGAAGCAGUUUUGUGUGUGAAACGUGACCUGGAAACUGUAUCAGGGGAUAAGAUCAAGGUAGCUGCCGCGGCGAAGUACGCAGAUAAAGGGACCAUAGUCGUAGGCUCCCCGGUGGAGAUUGAAGUCACAGACACGUUACUGUACGAUGAGAAAGACCGGCAUCAAACUGCCCGUCUCUACCCCCUGGACCACACCCCGACUGUAAAUUUCAACAACCGUACAGUGUGGAGCAUCAACAUCACGUUGACCGAGAUGACGGCUGUGUACAACAUCAUCAUCGAGACUGUUCCUUCGGGCACGAAGGCCUUGGUCGCUAUAGACCGGGUCCGUGCCCAUUACUUUGGCAUUGGAAACUGCGGGAUCGAUGAUGUCGGAUUUAAGACUAUUCAAAACUCGUCCGUGGCUAAAACGACCCAGAUCACCAACGUUAGUCUUACAACGUGGCCUGUAACUAAUACACUGACUUCUGCCCGCGAUCAGUGGAGCACGCCACGCAAGAGCGACAGCACGUUGACAAUAUCUUUCGAAAGCGUCAUCUGCGAAGACUCAUCAGCUCUCAAGAACUCCCUUGUCAAGUUCCUAGUCAAUGUCAGUCGCCUAGGAAAGGAAGUCGCAACAUUCGAGAGACACUUCAAGAGGGACAUUACAAAGAAGACUCCAAAACUGUCACUUAAUAUCAGCGUGCUAAACAAUGCGACGGAGGCAGUCCGAAGCGGUCAGACCCUCAGCGUAGAGGUCGCAGUGAACCACACAGCUGCCUCCAGCGCAUGGGCAAAAACCGUUAUCAUCACGGUCCUGAUUCCGCCAUUCCUCAAAUACAUGAGUGUAAUCACUUCCAAACCCAAAGCAGUAAAUGGCACGGUUGUAACAGAAGGGAUACAGUUUAAGAUUCCAUUGGUUUAUUUUGUUGACACCUACAAAUGGACGUUCAACUUGACAGUUGAUCCGGACAAAUUCUUCGAAAGAGGCACGCCAAACAAGACUGUCACUCUAAUAGCCGAUGCAGUAUAUAAGGGCAGGACGGCUACUUCCUACGCUACCGAAAUGGCGUUUGCCAAAUUUACGCUUGAGACAGAAGAAUGUAAUGACAUGCUUGGCUUGGAGGACAAGACCAUAAAGGACUGUCAAAUUUUCGCCUCGACAUCCAUUAGUAACAGCGCCCGAUUUGUCCGUCUGAAUACAGAAUCCGGGUCGCAGGGCUGGCAGUUCCUAAACCGGGGACCAACUUUUGAAGGACUUGAGUUCAUCCAGAUCAAAAUCGGUAACCAGGCACUGAUAACGGGUAUCAGUAUUCAGUCAGCAGCAAAUGAUUACAGUAGUUACCCUACUACAUUUAGAGUUAAGUACAGUGAAGAGAGCAUGUUUUGGCAAGAUGUCAUCAACAGCACUUCUGGGAAACCAAAGUUGUUUACGGUAAUACUGGGGGAAACUCAGGACGCUGCCGAGACAGCUUACAUUGACCUGGGCGAGGACAGUUUCAAGGCGCGCUACGUCCGACUGAUGCCCGUCUCCAACAGCAAGUCGUCCGAUAGGUUUGUGAUGCGAAUGGAGCUCCAUGGGUGUUUGACAACUGAUGAUGUCAAUGCGACGGAGGUGUGCAAAGCCGAUACUGCCAUCACUUAUCCAUCAGACUAUUACGAAAGAGGUUAUAUUGUUGACACCAGCACUUGCCAUCUCUACGUCUGUGCCAUUCCUGCAGCAGGCCAACUACCCGUGUGCUCGUUCACUACAGACAAGGGAAAAUCAUGGAGUCCAAUUGACGACAGCGUCAUCAACAUCCACUGCCUAGAAAACGCCACAAAAAGAUUGGUCGGUCUCAGCAAGAAUCUCAAGAGUAGGGUCAUGAGCAAGAAUGGGGGUGAGACGUGGAACGCCCACCCGGAUGCUGACUGCUCCAAGCUGAACCAGCAGGACUUGAUCCGGUCAAAGCCCUUGUCGUAUGAGAAUUCAUUCACGGAUAAACCCGGAGACAGCCCAGAAAAUUGGAAUUGUCCGAGUUUGGAUGUCAAAUGGGGUGUCACAAAGAAUGGCCUGUAUGUGAGUGAGAGUGGAAGCUGGUCGCAAACAUGUGUCGCAUCUUUCGGAGUACCGUGCAACUGAUAUGGAUUUUUAACUUGUGUGUGACAAUCCAUCCAAAGUUGAAGCUGUCCAUAUAACGUAUUAGCGGAACAGAUUUAUGAACUUAUAGGAACUUACUCUCGCAGUGUUUGUGAACGGUACAAACUAAUAUGCUCUAUGAUUUUGUGUUUUGAAUCGAAUUAAUUUCUUUAUGUCCAAGUUCGGACUGUACCUUUGAAUCCUAUGUAUUUUUCACUUUAUGAUCGUUAGUGUUAAUU